CGGUCCAUGCCGGGGCAGGUGGGGACGGAGCUGGCUCGGGUGGACGUUUUCCAUGGUUUUUUUCCCCCAGGGUCGGUCACCUAGAGUGAAGUUCGGCGUACGUUUCAAUGUGUGGCAGAUGUGGCUGAUCACACGCUUUUGGGGUUGUUUUUACAGCAGUUGACCCCAGAACUCAUUUUUUCAGGAAACGGCUUCCUUCAGAAUGGUCAAAAUAAAGGCAUGAGGCGUUUGGACGUUUUUAUCUCCGAGUGAGAAUCUUCUGAUGAUGCAAGGAGUUUGAGAUUUAAUCCAAGCCAUGUGGUAAAGUCGGGGGUCCGAAGAAAAUGGAAAGGCCCGGGUUUCUGUGGCUGUGCCUCUUCCUGCCCGCGGUAAGGGGACACAGCCUUUUCACCUGUGAGCCCAUCACUGUGCCCAGAUGUAUGAAGAUGGCCUACAACAUGACCUUCUUCCCCAACCUGAUGGGCCAUUACGACCAGGGAAAAGCCGCUGUGAAAAUGGAGCACUUUCUGCCUCUUGCAAAUCUGGAAUGUUCACCAAAUGUUGAAAUAUUCCUUUGCCAAGCUUUCAUACCAACCUGCACAGAGCAAAUCCAUGUGGUUCCACCUUGUCGUAAAUUAUGUGAGACAGUAUAUUCUGAUUGCAAAAACUUAAUUGACACUUUUGGGAUCUGGUGGCCUGAAGAACUUGAAUGUAACAGAUUGCCACACUGUGAUGACUCUGGUCCCAUAACUCCUGAUCCACACACAGAGCUCCUUGGUCCUCAGAGGAAAACUGAACAAGUCCCAAGAGACAUUGGCUUUUGGUGCCCAAAGCAUCUCAAGGUUUCAGGAGAGCAAGGCUAUAAGUUCCUGGGGAUUGACCAGUGUGCCCCUCCGUGCCCCAACAUGUAUUUUAAAAGUGAUGAGCUGGACUUUGCCAAAAGUUUCAUAGGAAUAGUUUCAAUAUUUUGUCUUUGUGCAACUCUGUUCACAUUUCUUACAUUUUUAAUUGAUGUUAGAAGAUUCAGAUACCCAGAGAGACCAAUUAUCUACUACUCUGUCUGCUACAGCAUUGUCUCUCUCAUGUACUUUGUUGGGUUUUUGCUGGGCAAUAGCACAGCUUGUAAUAAGGCAGACGAGAAGCCGGAGCUCGGGAAUACGGUCGUUCUGGGCUCCAAGAAUAAGGCUUGCAGCGUGGUGUUUAUGUUUUUGUAUUUUUUCACAAUGGCUGGCACUGUGUGGUGGGUGAUUCUCACCAUCACUUGGUUCCUAGCCGCAGGAAGAAAGUGGAGUUGUGAAGCCAUCGAGCAGAAGGCGGUGUGGUUCCAUGCGGUUGCCUGGGGGAUGCCCGGCUUCCUGACCGUCCUGCUGCUCGCUAUGAACAAAGUCGAGGGGGACAACAUUAGCGGGGUUUGCUUCGUGGGCCUCUAUGACCUGGAUGCCUCGCGGUACUUUGUCCUCUUGCCUCUGUGCCUCUGUGUGUUUGUUGGGCUGUCUCUCCUCUUAGCUGGCAUCAUUUCCUUAAAUCAUGUUCGACAAGUUAUACAACAUGAUGGCCGGAACCAAGAGAAACUGAAGAAAUUCAUGAUUCGAAUCGGAGUCUUCAGUGGCCUGUAUCUUGUGCCCUUAGUGACACUUCUUGGUUGCUAUGUCUAUGAACUAGUGAACAGGAUCACCUGGGAGAUAACUUGGUUCUCCGAUCAUUGUCGCCAGUACCGCAUCCCGUGCCCUUAUCAGGCAAACACAGAAGCUCGACCAGAAUUGGCUUUAUUUAUGAUCAAAUACCUGAUGACAUUAAUUGUUGGCAUCUCUGCGGUCUUCUGGGUUGGAAGUAAAAAGACAUGCGCAGAGUGGGCCGGGUUCUUCAAACGGAACCGCAAGCGAGACCCCAUCAGCGAAAGCCGGAGAGUGCUGCAGGAGUCCUGUGAGUUUUUCCUGAAGCACAAUUCCAAAGUGAAACACAAGCAGAAGCACUACAAGCCAGGGUCACAUAAGCUGAAGGUCAUUUCCAAGUCCAUGGGGACCAGCACAGGCGUGACGGCAGACCACGGCACCUCUGCUGUGGCGAUCGCUGACCACGACUACUUAGGACAGGAAACUUCCACAGAAGUCCAGACCUCCCCUGAAGCAUCUGUGAAGGAGGUGAGAGCAGACAGAGCAAACCCGCCCAGAGCAAAGGACCGGGACUGUGGAGAACCUGUUUCCCCCGCAGCGUCCAGCUCCAAGCUCUCCGGGGAGCAGAGCGACAGGAACGGCCGAGCCGGCAGUGGGAAGGAGAAAAGCAGUGUGUCGGAGGGGGCUCCGAGUGAAGGAAGGGUGAGUCCGAAGAGUGACAUCACUGAAACUGGCCUAGUGAAGUGCAGCAAUCUGCAGGUCCCCAGUUCUUCAGAACCAGGCAGCCUCAAAGGUUCCACAUCUCUGCUUGUUCACUCGGCUUCUGCAGGUAGAAAAGAGCAGGGUGCUGCCGGGCGUUCAGACACUUGAAGAGACUUUUAUCUCGUUACCCUGAAGUCAGUUCUUAUUACACUGGAGAUGACAAUGCCUUUGUCUUUUUAAAAAAACCACUGCCAGAGCAGCUCAGUGGUAGAGCAUUCACCCGGAAUACUUAAGGACCUGGGUUCAUCUCCCAGCCCUGCAAAAAGAAAAAUCACGGUUACAUUCUUCUUUUGCACUUAAACCAGCUUUGUCUACUGUCUAGUUGUUUGUUUGUUUGUUCGUUUGUUUGAGACAGGGCUUCUCUUUGUAUCCCUGGCUGUCCUGGAGCUCACUCUGUAGACCAGGCUGGCCUCGAACUCACCGAGAUCUGCCUGCCUUGCUGGGAUUAAAGGUGUGCGCCAGCACCACUGGCUGUUUGUCUACUGUUAUACUGGGGGAGGGGGGGCUGAUUUCAAGAGUAAUGCAAUGCAUUCAUACCUGAAAAACCAAAAAUAUCCAGGUUAAUAACAUUUUCAAACUGUAGGCGGUGGGGAGGGCAUUAGAGGAAUCUUCCUUCUAUUUAUGAAGAUUCUUUCUUUAAAGUAUUUUAAGAUAUUUUAUGCUGUUUCAUUCUUUUGAUAUAAACCAGGAUUUUUCUGAAGUAUUUAAAAGUUAUCAUUGAACCUUUAUGUGUGUAUAUGUAUAUAUAUAUAUACAUAUAUAUAUGAAAACACACUUAUAUGCAUUUGAACUUUUGCUAUUAUGGUAGCUGUUACACUGAAUUUUUAAGAAACUUGUAAAACAGCAUUCUUUGUUUGUUUGUUUGUUUUGUUUUUCGAGACAGGGUUUCUCUGUGUAGCUUUGCGCCUUUCCUGGAUCUCACUCUGUAGACCAGGCUGGCCUUGAACUCACAGAGAUCCACCUGCCUCUGCCUCCCGAGUGCUGGGAUUAAAGGCGUGCGCCACCACCAAUAAACACUAGGUAUUACACUGAGAGGUUUGUAAGAAGCAUUUACCUUUCAAAGCCCCUCCACAGUACCUUACCUGUGAGUUUUGUGAGUGUUGACAUGUGAAGAGUUUCACAGGUCUCUGUGGAGAUGCUGUGGAGAUUGUGUCCUCCUUGUUGUCCUGCCUCCUGCUGUCUGUCUCUGACUGGCAAGCUUUCACUUGUAAAUUUUUUUUUUUUUUCUGGAGCUGAGGACCAAACCCAAGGCCUUGCGACUCUACCACUGAGCUAAAUCCCCAACCCCUCACUUGUAAAUCUUUAUAAAUUACACAAAGCUAUUGAGUUCCUUUUUUUUAAGGUUUUAUGACCACUCAAGAUUGAAUUAUGGCCAUUUAUAGUUGCUCAUACUUUUCUAUUUUAUUAUUUUUUAUCUUUUUGAGACAGGGUCUUGCUAUGUAGCUCUAUCCAACUGUCCUGGAACUCAGUAUGUAGACCAGGCUGGCCUUAAACUCACAGAGUGCCACCUACCUCUGUCUCCCGAGUGCUGGGAUUAAAGACUUGAGCCACCACACCCAGAUUUCAUUCUUUUUUAAAAUUUAAACUUAAAUUUUUAUACUACUACAGACACAUUGUAUUGUAUCUUUCUCAGAUGCUAUGCAAAAUUCAUGUCCGCAACUGAACUUGCAAAAGAAAGUUCUAGCAAUAGUAGUGAAACAUAAUGUGGUUUGAACAACACACUUGAAAAUAAUAAGGAAUUUCCUUAGUUUUGUUUCUCAUUAAGUAUUAUUUCCUGAGCAACAUUUUCUUGGGUGCUUUGGGCCUGUCAGACCUUCUGCUAAAGUUUAAAUUAAAAUUAUGUACUGUAUGGAAAAUGUUGUAAAUACUAACUUUUCCACAUUUGUAAACUUUGUACACAAGAACUUUGUGUGAUCUUUUCAUCAAUAAAAUUUUCUUUGUACAAAG